CGCUGCCGCUGCGGCGAGACAGCGCCCUCAGCCUCCGCUCGCGCCGCUCGGCGACUGCGGCCGGGAGAAGUUGGGGUACAGCCGGACGCACGCAGGGCCUCAGGCCCCAGCCCCGAAAGAAGUAGCCCUCUGCGCCCCGCCUCCUCGGGGACUCGCACCGGAUUUCCAAAUUUAUAAGAUGAUUGCAUAUUGACGAACCGAAUAGUAUACGCCUAUCUUCUUUCACAAUGGAGGCAAGUUUGGCAGAUGGUGGGGAACCAGAACGAACUUUGCUUCUGAGUGAUAGCAAAGAUGUCCUUGGGCCAUCAACUGUGGUAGCAAACAGUGACGAAUCGCAACUUCUGACACCAGCAAAGAUGAGUCAACGCCAAGGGAAAGAACCGUAUCCAAUCCCAACCAAAGAUUUGCACCAGCCAUCGCUUAGUCCAGCAAGUCCUCAUAGCCAGGGUUUUGAAAGAGGGAAGGAAGAUGCUUCUCAAAAUAAAGAUGACUCUUCACUUUCUAUGUCAAAGAGCAAGUCUGAAUCUAAGCUUUAUAAUGGCCUGGAGAAAGACAGUUCUACUUCAAGCAAGCUAACAAAAAAAGAAUCUCUUAAGAUUCGUGGUACUCUGAAGAGCUGGACAAAGUUGUGGUGUGUGUUGAAACCUGGAGUUCUCCUGAUAUAUAAAACCCAAAAAAAUGGUCAGUGGGUAGGGACCGUUCUCUUGAAUGCCUGUGAAAUCAUUGAACGUCCAUCAAAGAAGGAUGGCUUUUGUUUCAAGUUGUUUCAUCCUCUGGAGCAAUCUAUUUGGGCAGUGAAGGGUCCAAAAGGUGAAGCAGUUGGAUCCAUAACUCAGCCCUUACCUAGCAGUUACUUGAUCAUCCGAGCUACUUCAGAGUCAGAUGGCAGGUGCUGGAUGGAUGCUUUGGAGUUGGCUUUGAAAUGCUCUAGUCUUCUUAAGCGUACAAUGAUCAGAGAAGGAAAAGAACAUGACCUGAGCAUUUCAUCAGAGAGCACACAUGUGACUUUGUAUGGCUUAUUACGUGCUAACAAUCUCCACAGUGGUGACAACUUCCAAUUAAAUGACAGUGAAAUUGAACGACAACAUUUUAAAGACCAAGAUAUGUAUUCUGAUAAAUCUGAUAAAGAAAAUGAUCAGGAGCAUGAUGAGUCUGAUAAUGAAGUGAUGGGGAAGAGUGAAGAAAGUGACACCGAUACAUCAGAAAGGCAGGAUGAUUCCUAUAUUGAACCUGAGCCUAUUGAGCCUUUGAAAGAGACUACCUACUCUGAGCAGAGCCAUGAAGAACUUGGAGAGGCAGGUGAGGCUUGUCAAACAGAAACUGUGUCUGAAGAAAACAAAAGUCUUAUCUGGACAUUGUUGAAACAAGUCCGCCCCGGUAUGGACCUGUCCAGGGUAGUUCUGCCGACGUUUAUUUUGGAGCCUCGUUCUUUCCUGGAUAAGCUGUCUGAUUACUACUAUCAUGCAGAUUUCCUAUCUGAGGCUGCUCUUGAAGAAAAUCCAUAUUUCCGUUUGAAGAAAGUAGUGAAAUGGUAUUUGUCAGGAUUUUAUAAAAAGCCAAAGGGACUGAAGAAACCAUAUAAUCCUAUACUUGGUGAGACUUUUCGUUGUUUAUGGAUUCAUCCCAGAACAAACAGCAAAACUUUUUAUAUUGCUGAACAGGUGUCCCAUCAUCCACCAAUAUCCGCCUUUUAUGUUAGUAACCGAAAAGAUGGAUUUUGCCUUAGUGGUAGUAUCCUGGCUAAGUCCAAGUUCUAUGGAAACUCCUUAUCUGCAAUAUUAGAGGGAGAAGCACGGUUGACAUUCUUGAAUAGAGGUGAAGACUAUGUAAUGACAAUGCCAUAUGCUCAUUGUAAAGGCAUUCUUUAUGGCACAAUGACACUGGAGCUUGGGGGAACAGUCAAUAUCACAUGUCAGAAAACUGGAUACAGUGCAAUACUUGAAUUCAAACUAAAGCCAUUUCUAGGUAGUAGUGAUUGUGUUAAUCAAAUAUCAGGGAAACUUAAAUUGGGAAAAGAAGUCCUAGCUACUUUGGAAGGUCAUUGGGAUAGUGAAGUAUUUAUUAAUGACAAAAAGACUGAUAAUUCAGAAGUUUUCUGGAAUCCAACACCUGACAUUAAACAAUGGAGAUUAAUAAGACACACUGUAAAAUAUGAAGAACAAGGAGAUUUUGAGUCAGAAAAGCUCUGGCAACGGGUGACUAGAGCCAUAAAUGCCAAAGACCAAACUGAAGCUACCCAAGAGAAGUAUGUUUUAGAAGAAGCUCAAAGACAAUCAGCCAGAGAUCGAAAAUCAAAAAAUGAAGAAUGGACUUGCAAAUUAUUUGAACUUGAUCUACUCACAGGAGAAUGGCAUUACAGGUUUGCAGAUACUCGACCAUGGGACCCACUUAAUGAUAUGAUACAAUUUGAAAAAGAUGGUGUUGUCCAGACCAAAGUGAAACAUCGCACUCCAAUGGUUAGUGUCCCAAAAAUGAAACAUAAGCCACCCAGGCAACAGAAGAAAGUGGUGAAAGGCUAUUCGUCUCCAGAACCUGAUAUCCAAGAUUCAUCUGGAAGUGAAGCUCAAUCAUUGAAACCAAGUGCAAGAAGAAAGAAAGGGACAGACCUGGGAGACAUUCAGAGCUCCAUCGAAUCUAUAAAACAAGCACAGGAAGAAAUUAAAAGAAAUAUUAUGACUCUUCGAAAUCAUUUAGUUUCGAGCAUACCUACCACGGAUUACUUUCUGCAACAGAAAGACUACUUCAUCAUUUUCCUCCUGAUUUUGCUUCAAGUCAUAAUAAACUUCAUGUUUAAGUAAAAAGAUACAUUUGAAUUGAUGAACUGGAAUGCUCUGAGUUGGCCUGGGACCAAUGUUCAAGUUGGUUUGGUCUUUAUUAAAACAUCACAAUAUUUCUGAAACAAAAAACCUUAGAGGUAAAUAUAGAAAUGUUGACGUUUCAUGCCUUUUAUUCUUAACCUGAAGCAAGAGCUGUCUUACUUGUUUAUUAAAGUGAACUAUGUGUUAAGUGCCAGAACAUUUCUAGCUUUUGUCAGUGUGUCUACAUGUGAAUGUAAUAAAUCCACAUGUAUGCACAGUUGUCUCUUAUGUACUCUCACCUGGCAGUACUCUUUGUAUUCUAUAGUACAUUCUGAGAUAGAUCAUUAACAUUGUUCAUAACAAAGAUACUAUCACUCUUAUAAAUGUAUGUAUGGUAAUGUAUUUUCUUCAGAAAGCAGGCACAAACCUUUGAUCAAUAAAGAAUUACAGAAUGGGCAAUGAUGGAGUAAUAUACCUAACUAAUGCAAUACACUGUACUGUUUUUAAAAAAAACAAAAAACUCAUUUUCGAAACACCGAGUUAAACUGUCUAGCAACUCUGAGAACAAAAUGUGACUGGUCAAAAUUGGCGUACUGAGAAAGACGUGUUUGAUAAAGUUUACACAGAUUUUUUUUUAAUCUCCAAAAUGUAUUAUUGAUAGACACAAGCAUAUAUAGUUGUAUGUGUAUAUCAAUGUAAACAACUGGAAUGCAUCUAGUUGGAUCAAUUAUGUCUUUCUUAUCAUAUGUAUAUAAUAACACCUUAAACACUUGCUUAAGUGGGAAUGGUCAAUGUAGACUGCUGUUCCUUCUUAGUUUUUUUUUUUUUUUUUAAGCUAUCUGGUCAAUAACACAGACCAAAUUCUAGAAUAAAGCAUAUAAAAUACUGCUAGCUCAUGCUUUCUCAUUAUGAACUGCUUAGAUUUCAUGUAGAUCUUAGUGUAUCAGUAGAUAAGUAAGAGUACAAAAAAUUAUUUUAAAAUAUUUUACUUCAAAAGCCAAAAAAAGUAAGAACAUCUAAAGAAAAUGCCAUGUUCUGAAGUUGAAUUCCCCCUCUAUUCGUAGUACUUUUAUUCUGUGGAAAAAAACACCAUUCUUAUUGAUUACAAAAUUUUGUUCAGCCUUAGGUACACUUUUUUCUAAAACUUUUUUUUUCAAAUUAAUAUUUUAACUUUGUUUUUUUUUUUACAUAAUUUUUUAUAAUCUUCAAAAUCAAGUUUUGCAAAUAUAAACUAUGUCUUAUAAUCCUUAUAGAUUUUGAAGUGGUUUUUAAUGAAAAUGAAGGUCAAAUAGAGAGUAAUUGCUGUGGCCACAUUUGCCUUUGACAAAGAAGAGACUGAAAACCCAGUAAACUUGCAAGCAAUUGGUCAUGCCAUAAUCCAUGUGAAAUGGAGUGAUGAUUGCUAAAUUGUGAAAAUUGAAAGUGAUAGCCUACAUUUUUCCCUAUCCAGUAUAGCAGUCUUAAGUAUACAAUUUAUGUGACUUAGUUUUUUAUGAAGCACUAUUUCCCAUAUAUUGUUAGCAAAACAAUUCUGUCGUCCAGAUGUAUAUAUGAAAGUAUUUUUAAGUUGAGUAAAGCAUAAAUAAGAUGUAGCCUAUAUCCAGUAUUUUCAUUACUACACUAGAGUGGGUAUUUUGUUUUUGUUUCAUGUCAUAUUUUUGUCUAUACAAUUUUUUUACUCCUAUUGUUACCAGCAUAAUGCUAAACUGCAUAUUCAUUGAGAUAUUUUGUAAAUAUUGUACAAUUAGAACUUUUUAUGGUUUGAAUUACUAUUAAUUUAUAUAUAACUUGAUUGGCUUAUCACAAGAAUUAUUUCAUCAUUAAAUCCUUAAAAUAAAUAUGUAUAUCUAUUUUGGUGGUGGUGGUGACCCACCUCAGGGUUUUGGUCUUAACCCAUGUGUGUGUUUUCAUUUGAUCCACAUAGCGUUUUGUUUGUACAGACAUCUAACACAGAAGAGCUGGUUGUUUCAUUAUUUUUCUUUGGGUAGAUGUUAUGGUUCUUACUUACAUGUCAAGAGUAUUUCAUUAAAAUGAGCAAGGUUACUGUUAAAUAUUCAAUUGUGUAGCCUACCCUAUCCCUAUCUAUCUCUUUAUCUCUCUCUCUCUCUCUCUCUCACACACACACACACACACACACACACACACAGACAUCCCACCCCCCAAAUGUAGCUAUAAUCCCAUUUGGGAUUUUGUCUCUUUUAUGUUAGUGAGGUAGGAUUUGUGUAGGGUAUAUCUUGAUUAAAGCUCUUCUGACUAUAAAAGAGAUUAAUGAGUAGAGCAGUGAUGGAGGGGAUGAGAUACCAAACCACAUGACGAUUGCCCAGGAGCAGAAGGCCCAAAGAGAUAAGCACCUUCCUGCAGAACCAAGAGAAAGACAUCUUCUAAAACCAGCACCCUGAAUUUGGACUCCGAGCCUCUUAAGCUGUGAGCAAAUUAAUUUCUUUGUUAAAGCCACCCCCUUGUAGUAUUUGUUACUGCAGUACGAGAUAACUAAGACAACUCAUUAUUCAUGACUGUUUCUUAUACACUGAAAGCACAUGUCCAAUCUGAUGGUCCUCCUAUGCGUUUAGCUGUAUGAGUUCCUUUUUAUGAACUGGAACACAAAACUCAGGAAUUGAUGGUUUAGUUCCAGAUCAGUGCUUAUACUAGGCUUAAGGUUUGAAUCCUUUAAAAUGCAUAAUUAACUUUGUACUUAACCAUAAUAUGUAAUUGACUUCAAAUGUUUUUUUUUAUCUGAGAUUAAUCUUUCUUCACACAUGGAUUCAUAAAGAUUGUAAUUUACUUCUGAGCACCUCAUGAUGUUUUCUAAGAAUUAAGACGUAUAACCAGUGUUUCUCAUAUGAUCAAAAUUUUUAUUUUCCCACACUAAAACUUAUAUAAUUAUCAGUAUGUAUGUUUCUUUCAGUGGUUAAAUGUACUAUGCCUUCAAUUACCCACUAUUUAAUGAGAUGUAACUCUAGAUGCUAAUAAAUAGGGCAUGUGAAAUGUUAAGUUUCAGCAAUAUACUUUUCCUGUAUUUCAUGUCAAUAUUUUUGUAUGACUUAUAAAGGAUCUUUGUCACAGCUCAAUUGGCUAUUCAUUCCAUUGAAAAGUUGCUUUUGUAAAAUAUAACCUUCGUGUAGGAUUGACGCUUUUGUGCCUUUACGAAAAUCUUUGUCCUUUUUGUGUUACAGAACUUUAAUAAUAAUUCAAAAUGUUUAUAGGCUUAAUUGUCAUAAGAGGUUCAUCUCUUUGUGUCACUUUCUUUUUAUAUUAGCACACAGUAAUGCUGUACUUUUAUAAGGGUUUGUCUGUUUACCUAUUUCAAUUAUUCUCUCCACUCUCAGACAUCAUUGUAAUAGACCUGUCAGAUUACCUGAGUAUUGUAAACAGUGCCUUUUCAAUUGAAUUCACACUGUUCUGCGUGUCAAUUUGUGCCAUAUCCACAAAAUUUUACUGGAGACAGUCUUAACUUUUUGAAGAGUAUCUUAGGUAUUUAGAAAACCUGUUUAAAAAUCCUAUUUUUCCAGUGUUUUGCAUUUCUAGUGAGUUAGCAAGGAAUACAUUUGGGUUUGUUUUGGGGUGGUUUUUUUUGCAUAUAGUGAUGACAGCAUUUUUUGAUGAGCCACAUGAUACAGCAGAUCAUUUGAAUAUGUAAACCAACAAAAAUGAGAUACCAUAUUAUUGACGCUGUUUUUUUAUUUUUUAAUCAUUGGGUUAAAUUCCACAGAAAUCAGUAACUUUACAUUUCAAUUUCUGUCACAGUUGACUAAAUAGGAAAGAGAUUCUUUAAAAAUGUAUAACCUGCCAUGGUAGUUAUACAUUUGCUUUCAUUUUUUUCCCCUACUUAUAAUGUGGAUUAACCUAAUUACCUGUUUAGUGCUAAUGUACUGUUUGUUUUUUAUUACAGUCUUUAAUUGAGAUGAACUAUUUAAACUGUAUAGACCAGUGUCUUAUUAAAUGAUUAACAUAUUUAAAAGAGCCUCAAGAAACCCAUGACAAAAUGAAUGUGAAUAUACGCCCUAAAUUUUUUUUACGUCCUAAAAUAUUUUAAUGCAUUUAUCAGAUAAAAUUAUUUACUAAAGGUUUUCAUUUAAAGAAAAAUGUCAUGGAACAUUUAAACUGCUGAGCCACAGAAUUUUAGUUGAAUUUCCUUUAUUUUUUAGCAUGCCAAGUGUAUAAAGUCACUGCUAUUGAGUUGACUCUGACUCAGAGUGAACCUGUAGGAAAGUAGAAUGGCUUCGUGGGUUUCUGAGACAAUAAAACAUUAUAAGAGCAGUCUCAUCUUUCACCCACAGUGGGGCUGGUGGGUUUGAAUCACCAAACUUAAGGCAGCAGCCCAGCACUUAAUCCACUCUGCUACUAGAGCUAACUGUAGAUCUGCAUUAAACCUUGCGUUUAGUGGCCAUUUAUAAAGUCAAGCUCUACCACUGGUCAAGUUUUGCAUGCUAAUAAAAGUAUGGUAUCUCUAGUGUCAAUAUGGCACACUGUCAUUCUUUAAGGUGCAUAGCAACUGUCCAAUAGCCAUAGGUUACUGUUUUAUAAUGUAUUCCAUUUCUAAUCUAUUAUUCCUUAUCAAUUAUAAAUGUUUGCAGAGAGAAAAUUGAAUUUCUUAAAUGAUCUGUAUAAUUAUGCUGACUUCUACAAGUAGGCAUUCUAAAUAAAAUUUUAAAGAGCAAACUGUGA